AUGGCUGAGAAUGAGUGGCUAUCGGGUUACCUGGACGCGAUCCUAGAGCGCGGAGGGGCGCCGAUGGAUACCGACAAGAAGGAACGGCUGGAUCUAUCGGAGAUCAAGGGUCAGAGCGGUACAGCCGUCCGAUACUUUGUGAAUGAGAUAAAGCAUUCGAGCGAGGAGGAGCUGCAUCGCACAUGGAUGAAGGCCACAGCGAUGAGCGACGAGAAAGGGUCUCGAAUGGAGAAUUUCACGUGGCGAAUCUGGUACCUGUCCCGGAAAAAGAAGCAGUUGGAGCAAGAGGCGUCGCGGAUCAAGGAGCAGCAGCAGCACGACAAGGAGGAGGCUGAGCUGGAUAUAGAGGAGGAGGACGGCCCUGACGACGAGGACGCCCUCCCGGACGCUCUGCCCGGUGCUGACGUGGCUGCUGUCGUGGACAAGGCCGCGGAUGACCUGCUGGACUCCAGUGCCAACGUGGCAGCGGCCCAGGCGGCGGCAGCGAAGGCUGCAGCGGAAAAGGAGUCGCGGGGGAGGAGGGAGAACCAGCAGCAGGGGGAGAAGCAGAGGGAGGUACCUGCUGGUGCAGGGUCGACUGGUGAGGCGGCUGGGAGGGAUCCACUUGAGCAUGGCACGGAGAAGAGGCUCUACAUUGUCAUGAUCAGCAUCCAUGGGUUGGUGCGUGGAGAGAACAUGGAGCUGGGCCGAGACUCCGACACGGGAGGCCAGGUGAAAUACGUGGUGGAGAUUGCGAGGGCUCUCGCGUCCAUGCCUCAGGUGUACCGUGUGGAUCUGCUCACACGCCAGAUCGUUGCCCCUGGGGUCGAUUGGUCCUAUGGAGAGCCAUCCGAAAUGCUGAGCUCUCUCCGCUACGACCCGGACGGGCUGAUAGCGGGGGAGAGCGCGGGCGCCUACAUCAUCCGCCUGCCGUGCGGCCCGCGCGACCAGUACCUGCGCAAGGAGGCCCUCUGGCCCUACGUGGACGAGUUUGUGGACGGCGCCCUCACGCACAUCAUGCACAUGUCACGCGAACUCGCAGAUCAGAUCGGCGACGGGCAGCGCGUGUGGCCCUACAUGAUUCACGGGCACUAUGCCGAUGCCGGGGACAUUGCAGCCCUGCUCUCAGGUGCGCUGAACGUGCCGAUGGUGCUAACAGGCCACUCCCUGGGCCGCAACAAGCUGGAGCAGCUGUUGAAGCAGGGGCGCAUGACCCGCGCAGAGAUUAACACUCAAUACGCCAUUGACCGGCGCAUCGAAGCAGAGGAGUUCUCACUUGACGCCGCAGAGCUGGUGGUGACGAGCACGCGGCAGGAGGUGGAGGAGCAGUGGGGGCUGUACGAUGGCUUUGACGUGCGCCUGGAGAGGGUGCUGCGCGCCAGGCAGCUCCGAGGGGUCAGCUGUCACGGCCGCUUCAUGCCACGCAUGGCGGUCAUCCCCCCAGGAAUGGAUUUUUCCAACGUGGUCGUCCCAGACAUCGAUGGCUCUGAUUCGCCAGGGCCUGAGCCUCCCAUCUGGGCGGAGGUGCGCAAGUUCUGGUCCAAUCCCCACAAGCCUAUCAUCCUGGCCCUCGCUCGCCCCGACCCCAAGAAGAACCUCACCACGCUCGUGCGCGCCUUUGGGGAAUGCCAGGCUUUAAGAGACCUCGCUAACCUGUGCCUCGUGAUGGGAAAUCGCGACGACAUUGACGCCAUGAGUGCUGGAAACGCAGAGGUGCUGACGACAGUGCUGAAGCUGAUAGACAAGUACGACCUGUACGGGCAGGUGGCCUAUCCCAAGCACCACAAGCAGGCUGAGGUCCCGGACAUCUACGCCCUCGCUGCCAAGUCCAAGGGCGUGUUUGUGAACCCAGCACUCGUGGAGCCCUUUGGCCUCACUCUCAUUGAGGCAGCAGCACACGGCCUGCCCAUGGUGGCCACUAAGAACGGUGGUCCCGUUGACAUCCAGAAGAUGCUGAGCAACGGGCUGGUGGUGGAUCCUCACGACGCCAACGCACUUUCAUCUGCGUUGCUGCAGCUGGUGGCGGACAGAGCACUGUGGACAGACUGCCGCAAGUCUGCUCUCGCCAACAUUCACAAGUACUCCUGGCCGCAGCACUGCGCCUCUCUCUUAACCCGCGUGGCCCAGUCGCGUCUGCGCCACCCAGUGUGGAGGGCAGCAGCACUCUUCGAUCAGGUCGCUGCCGCCUCAUCUGCAACCGCCAACAGCACCGGACUCCACUCCGACUCCCUCCGCGACAUUCAAGACCUCUCCUUGCGCCUCUCCUUCGACGGCAAGUUCUGGGGCGGAGGCUCCUUCCAAGGCGGCUCCAUGGACCUUUCUUUCAUGCUGGAUAACCUCGGGGUUAUCCGGCCCGACGGCCGGUCUGCUAGUGGGUACGCUGCAGAGCCUUCUCAUGCCGCUGCUGGUGGGCUUGGUGGUGGAGAUGGGCUGGGAGCGGGAGCAGCGUUGGGGAUUCCCAACAGGCUGGGGAAUUACUCGUUUACUGGGGGUAUGGGGUCGAAGAGUGUUGGGCGGUACCGGGAAGGCGUGGGCGGGUCGGGGCGGCUGCAGGGGAUGCAGGAGGAAGGGGAGGACGGAGGAGGAGGAGCAGGGGUUGGAGCCGGGGCUGGGGAGAAAGGGACAGCAGCAGGAGCAGCGGCAGCAGCGGCGUUUGAGGGGCUCAGGCUGCGAAGGCGGCGGCGGCUGAUUGUGGUCGCAGUGGACGAAUACGAUCCUGUUGGGCGGCCAGGUUCGUCUGUUCUGGACUCGCUCUGCGCCGCCCUGGAGGUGGCGUACCGGCACAACACAGGGACGUUAAGGGAGCGCGUUGUAUGGGGUAUGGGGCCGGGUGGGGAGAUUGGUGUGGUGCUGGCGACGGCACUGACAGCCAGAGAGACGGUGGCUAUGCUGACAGCUGCAGGAGUGGGGCUGAGGCAGCUUGACGCGCUGAUUGCUGGAGGAGGGAGCGAGGUGUACUACUCUGUACCGUGUUCCACCGCAUCGGACCUUGCAGCAGCUGGAGGAACAGGAGCAGGAGCAGGGGCGGGUGCAGGCAUGGCAGCAGGUCUGGUAUCAGCCAUGGCUCCUUUGGAGGACCGGGAAGGCUGGCAGUUGCUUCCCGAUCCGGACUAUUUCGCACAUAUUGAAUACCGGUGGAGCGCCGACGGUGUGCGCAGGUCCAUGGGACGAAUCCUGGCGCAUGCUAUAAAGGGUACAGCAACGGGUGGGGCUGCCAGCGCUGCCACCACUCCUGCAGCAGGCUCUGGGGGUGUCUUCCCUCCUCCUGCCACUGCUCUCUCUGCUUCUGUCCCUGAUGCACCUUUUGCUGUGAAUGGUUCUGCUGCAGCUGCUGCUGCUGGUAACGGGGCUGCUACUCACGAGGAGUAUGUCCGCUCAAUCUCCUUCUCGGACGGGCUGACUGCAAUUGCCUCUGAGCCUGCAGCUGCUUCCACCCGCACAGGCAUCCCAGGGAGCAAGAGCGUGACUGGGAGUAGGAUCGGGGGUGCAGGGGCGGGAUCGAGGGGGACGAGGGGGAGCGGGUUGCUGCUGCAGCAGCAGCAGCUGCUGGCGGUGCAGCGCGUGUGUGUGGAGGAUGAGAUGCGAACCACAUCACGGCGGCUGGCUUACCGAGUGCUGGAUGUUGCCCAGAUGCCCACAGCAGCUGACUUGCGGCGUCGCCUGCGCCUACGUGGCUUGAGGUGCCACGUGGGCUACUGCCGUGCCGCCACGUGUCUUCACAUCCUGCCUCUCCACGCCUCUCGCUCACAGGCCCUCAGGUACCUAUGUGUGCGCUGGGGAUUGGAGCCUGCUGACCUGGCAGUCUUCGUCGGCAGUCCAUCUGGCGCUGACGGGGACUACGCGCAGCUGCUGUCAGGCAUGCACCACACGCUCAUUCUGGAGCCGCCCCCUGCUGAUGUGGCACAACACCAAGGAGCAGCAGCAGCAGCAGCAGGGUUAGAUCCAUUUGCUGAGUACAGGAGGAAGCUGCUGCAUGAGUUUGUGCCGCGCAGUGACGUGCAUCUGCCCAAUCUAGUAAAUGUGGAGGAUUCGCCGAGCGACAAAGUAAGCGCUCUGGCAGGAGCACUGGAGAAGAUCGGCUUUGCAUAA